AAGACAUUACCUGUUGAUAACACAGACUAUUUUCAUGAUCAUGGGCGGAGUGAGAGAAUUGCUGCUCUUUGUGGUGACUGUGGGGGUUGUGAAAGUUUCUUGUUACCCUGUUGGAAAGUCCCAGAAGCUAGAGCAAGUCUCUCUGCAGAGGAGACUUGGAGAGCUGUCAUCAAAUGACGUCUCCAUUGUGCAUGCCCUGGCCUUGCUCCGAUCCAUAGGGUCUGACGCUAAACAAGACAGAGAAGAGUAUUUCGAGACUAAUGAAGUAGAAUCCCAAGCUUCUCCAAACCACGGUAGCUCUACGGCAAAUGAUGCCCUGUCCUCUGACGACGCUACCUCAGAAGCUGCCACUGGCCCGUCUGACGACGCUACCUCUGAAGCUGCCACUGGCCCGUCUGACGACGCUACCUCUGAAGCUGCCACCGGCCCGUCUGACGACGCUACCUCUGAAGCUGCCACUGGCCCGUCUGACGACGCUACCUCUGAAGCUGCCACCGGCCCGUCUGACGACGCUACCUCUGAAGCUGCCACCGGCCCGUCUGACGACGCUACCUCUGAAGCUGCCACCGGCCCGUCUGACGACGCUACCUCUGAAGCUGCGACCGGCCAGUCUGACGACGCUACCUCUGAAGCUGCGACCGGCCCGUCUGACGACGCUACCUCUGAAGCUGCGACCGGCCCGUCUGACGACGCUACCUCUGAAGCUGCGACCGGCCCGUCUGACGACGCUACCUCUGAAGCUGCCACCGGCCCGUCUGACGACGCUACCUCUGAAGCUGCCACCGGCCCGUCUGACGACGCUACCUCUGAAGCUGCCACCGGCCCGUCUGACGACGCUACCUCUGAAGCUGCCACCGGCCCGUCUGACGACGCUACCUCUGAAGCUGCCACCGGCCCGUCUGACGACGCUACCUCUGAAGCUGCCACCGGCCCGUCUGACGACGCUACCUCUGAAGCUGCCACCGGCCCGUCUGACGACGCUACCUCUGAAGCUGCCACCGGCCCGUCUGACGACGCUACCUCUGAAGCUGCCACCGGCCCGUCUGACGACGCUACCUCUGAAGCUGCCACCGGCCCGUCUGACGACGCUACCUCUGAAGCUGCCACCGGCCCGUCUGACGACGCUACCUCUGAAGCUGCCACCGGCCCGUCUGACGACGCUACCUCUGAAGCUGCCACCGGCCCGUCUGACGACGCUACCUCUGAAGCUGCCACCGGCCCGUCUGACGACGCUACCUCUGAAGCUGCCACCGGCCCGUCUGACGACGCUACCUCUGAAGCUGCCACCGGCCCGUCUGACGACGCUACCUCUGAAGCUGCCACCGGCCCGUCUGACGACGCUACCUCUGAAGCUGCCACCGGCCCGUCUGACGACGCUACCUCUGAAGCUGCCACCGGCCCGUCUGACGACGCUACCUCUGAAGCUGCCACCGGCCCGUCUGACGACGCUACCUCUGAAGCUGCCACCGGCCCGUCUGACGACGCUACCUCUGAAGCUGCCACCGGCCCGUCUGACGACGCUACCUCUGAAGCUGCCACCGGCCCGUCUGACGACGCUACCUCUGAAGCUGCCACCGGCCCGUCUGACGACGCUACCUCUGAAGCUGCCACCGGCCCGUCUGACGACGCUACCUCUGAAGCUGCCACCGGCCCGUCUGACGACGCUACCUCUGAAGCUGCCACCGGCCCGUCUGACGACGCUACCUCUGAAGCUGCCACCGGCCCGUCUGACGACGCUACCUCUGAAGCUGCCACCGGCCCGUCUGACGACGCUACCUCUGAAGCUGCCACCGGCCCGUCUGACGACUCUGAAGCUGCCACCGGCCCGUCUGACGACGCUACCUCUGAAGCUGCCACCGGCCCGUCUGACGACGCUACCUCUGAAGCUGCCACCGGCCCGUCUGACGACGCUACCUCUGAAGCUGCCACCGGCCCGUCUGACGACGCUACCUCUGAAGCUGCCACCGGCCCGUCUGACGACGCUACCUCUGAAGCUGCCACCGGCCCGUCUGACGACGCUACCUCUGAAGCUGCCACCGGCCCGUCUGACGACGCUACCUCUGAAGCUGCCACCGGCCCGUCUGACGACGCUACCUCUGAAGCUGCCACCGGCCCGUCUGACGACGCUACCUCUGAAGCUGCCACCGGCCCGUCUGACGACGCUACCUCUGAAGCUGCCACCGGCCCGUCUGACGACGCUACCUCUGAAGCUGCCACCGGCCCGUCUGACGACGCUACCUCUGAAGCUGCCACCGGCCCGUCUGACGACGCUACCUCUGAAGCUGCCACCGGCCCGUCUGACGACGCUACCUCUGAAGCUGCCACCGGCCCGUCUGACGACGCUACCUCUGAAGCUGCCACCGGCCCGUCUGACGACGCUACCUCUGAAGCUGCCACCGGCCCGUCUGACGACGCUACCUCUGAAGCUGCCACCGGCCCGUCUGACGACGCUACCUCUGAAGCUGCCACCGGCCCGUCUGACGACGCUACCUCUGAAGCUGCCACCGGCCCGUCUGACGACGCUACCUCUGAAGCUGCCACCGGCCCGUCUGACGACGCUACCUCUGAAGCUGCCACCGGCCCGUCUGACGACGCUACCUCUGAAGCUGCCACCGGCCCGUCUGACGACGCUACCUCUGAAGCUGCCACCGGCCCGUCUGACGACGCUACCUCUGAAGCUGCCACCGGCCCGUCUGACGACGCUACCUCUGAAGCUGCCACCGGCCCGUCUGACGACGCUACCUCUGAAGCUGCCACCGGCCCGUCUGACGACGCUACCUCUGAAGCUGCCACCGGCCCGUCUGACGACGCUACCUCUGAAGCUGCCACCGGCCCGUCUGACGACGCUACCUCUGAAGCUGCCACCGGCCCGUCUGACGACGCUACCUCUGAAGCUGCCACCGGCCCGUCUGACGACGCUACCUCUGAAGCUGCCACCGGCCCGUCUGACGACGCUACCUCUGAAGCUGCCACCGGCCCGUCUGACGACGCUACCUCUGAAGCUGCCACCGGCCCGUCUGACGACGCUACCUCUGAAGCUGCCACCGGCCCGUCUGACGACGCUACCUCUGAAGCUGCCACCGGCCCGUCUGACGACGCUACCUCUGAAGCUGCCACCGGCCCGUCUGACGACGCUACCUCUGAAGCUGCCACCGGCCCGUCUGACGACGCUACCUCUGAAGCUGCCACCGGCCCGUCUGACGACGCUACCUCUGAAGCUGCCACCGGCCCGUCUGACGACGCUACCUCUGAAGCUGCCACCGGCCCGUCUGACGACGCUACCUCUGAAGCUGCCACCGGCCCGUCUGACGACGCUACCUCUGAAGCUGCCACCGGCCCGUCUGACGACGCUACCUCUGAAGCUGCCACCGGCCCGUCUGACGACGCUACCUCUGAAGCUGCCACCGGCCCGUCUGACGACGCUACCUCUGAAGCUGCCACCGGCCCGUCUGACGACGCUACCUCUGAAGCUGCCACCGGCCCGUCUGACGACGCUACCUCUGAAGCUGCCACCGGCCCGUCUGACGACGCUACCUCUGAAGCUGCCACCGGCCCGUCUGACGACGCUACCUCUGAAGCUGCCACCGGCCCGUCUGACGACUCUGAAGCUGCCACCGGCCCGUCUGACGACGCUACCUCUGAAGCUGCCACCGGCCCGUCUGACGACGCUACCUCUGAAGCUGCCACCGGCCCGUCUGACGACGCUACCUCUGAAGCUGCCACCGGCCCGUCUGACGACGCUACCUCUGAAGCUGCCACCGGCCCGUCUGACGACGCUACCUCUGAAGCUGCCACCGGCCCGUCUGACGACGCUACCUCUGAAGCUGCCACCGGCCCGUCUGACGACGCUACCUCUGAAGCUGCCACCGGCCCGUCUGACGACGCUACCUCUGAAGCUGCCACCGGCCCGUCUGACGACGCUACCUCUGAAGCUGCCACCGGCCCGUCUGACGACGCUACCUCUGAAGCUGCCACCGGCCCGUCUGACGACGCUACCUCUGAAGCUGCCACCGGCCCGUCUGACGACGCUACCUCUGAAGCUGCCACCGGCCCGUCUGACGACGCUACCUCUGAAGCUGCCACCGGCCCGUCUGACGACGCUACCUCUGAAGCUGCCACCGGCCCGUCUGACGACGCUACCUCUGAAGCUGCCACCGGCCCGUCUGACGACGCUACCUCUGAAGCUGCCACCGGCCCGUCUGACGACGCUACCUCUGAAGCUGCCACCGGCCCGUCUGACGACGCUACCUCUGAAGCUGCCACCGGCCCGUCUGACGACGCUACCUCUGAAGCUGCCACCGGCCCGUCUGACGACGCUACCUCUGAAGCUGCCACCGGCCCGUCUGACGACGCUACCUCUGAAGCUGCCACCGGCCCGUCUGACGACGCUACCUCUGAAGCUGCCACCGGCCCGUCUGACGACGCUACCUCUGAAGCUGCCACCGGCCCGUCUGACGACGCUACCUCUGAAGCUGCCACCGGCCCGUCUGACGACGCUACCUCUGAAGCUGCCACCGGCCCGUCUGACGACGCUACCUCUGAAGCUGCCACCGGCCCGUCUGACGACGCUACCUCUGAAGCUGCCACCGGCCCGUCUGACGACGCUACCUCUGAAGCUGCCACCGGCCCGUCUGACGACGCUACCUCUGAAGCUGCCACCGGCCCGUCUGACGACGCUACCUCUGAAGCUGCCACCGGCCCGUCUGACGACGCUACCUCUGAAGCUGCCACCGGCCCGUCUGACGACGCUACCUCUGAAGCUGCCACCGGCCCGUCUGACGACGCUACCUCUGAAGCUGCCACCGGCCCGUCUGACGACGCUACCUCUGAAGCUGCCACCGGCCCGUCUGACGACGCUACCUCUGAAGCUGCCACCGGCCCGUCUGACGACGCUACCUCUGAAGCUGCCACCGGCCCGUCUGACGACGCUACCUCUGAAGCUGCCACCGGCCCGUCUGACGACGCUACCUCUGAAGCUGCCACCGGCCCGUCUGACGACGCUACCUCUGAAGCUGCCACCGGCCCGUCUGACGACGCUACCUCUGAAGCUGCCACCGGCCCGUCUGACGACGCUACCUCUGAAGCUGCCACCGGCCCGUCUGACGACGCUACCUCUGAAGCUGCCACCGGCCCGUCUGACGACGCUACCUCUGAAGCUGCCACCGGCCCGUCUGACGACGCUACCUCUGAAGCUGCCACCGGCCCGUCUGACGACGCUACCUCUGAAGCUGCCACCGGCCCGUCUGACGACGCUACCUCUGAAGCUGCCACCGGCCCGUCUGACGACGCUACCUCUGAAGCUGCCACCGGCCCGUCUGACGACCCCCCGGCCCGUCUGACCAUGCCAUUGAGGAACUGUUGA